AUGUGUUCGGAGCCAGACUGCGGCAAGUCCUUCAAGAACAAGAGCGAACUCAAGCGCCACGAGACUAUACAUCUCAACGAGAAACCGUUCGUGUGCGAAUUCAAAGGUUGUGGCAAGAACUUUGCGCAGCGCACACAGCUCAACAACCACGAGAAUACGCACACCGGGAAGCGUCCUCACGAUUGCAGAUAUUGUGGCAAAAAUUUCAACGACACGGCAUGCAAGAGUCGCCACGAGCGUGAGCAGCACUCUACCUUCGGCGGGUUCAGAUGUCCCGCCCCCAGAUGCGCAGUUGUGUGA